AUGGGAGAGCAAGAGCUAAACUCGUACUCUUCUGGAAAGAGACAUAAAGAGAGGAACGGGAGGAAGGCAGGGAAGCAAUAUAGCGCUCACGGGAAGGCAAAGAGCCCCUACCAAGAUACCGGGUAUACAAGGAUGGCGCCGGCAGCAAAAGAGCAGUUCUCAACGCUCAACGCCACCUACGAGGCGAUAUGGAAUGAAAAUAAGUCUGCCAUUCCACCUCCCCCUGCUAGGAAGUUCCCCGAGUCCUCAAGCCUCACCAAAGAAGACACGGGAAAAUUUUGUGGGUACCACGGGGAGGCAAGUCACCAAAUAAAUAACUGCAUUGAGCUAAAGAGGGCGGUUGAGGGCCGAUUGAAAGAAGGAAAAUUGCAGCAGUAUGUGCCCGGUCAGAGGCAUGUCGGAGGAAUCGAAGUGUAUGGGACGAUUAACACGAUUCAUGGCGGGUCCCGUAUAGAUAAUAGGAGCAACAAGGCAAAAAGGCAGUGUACGGGAUCCAGGGAUGGCCGGGAGGUAUUUGCAUUUGGAAGUAGCAAUAAUCAGCAAGUGACCACCGGCUGGAAAUCCGUUACCUUCCUGGAAGAGGAAGAGGAAGGGAUAAGGCCGCAUGAGGACCCGUUUCUAGUAACAUUGCAACUCGAUCACUAUAUCACGAAGAAUAUCCUGAUUGAGACAGGAGCCUCAGUCAACGUGCUGUUCAGAAGUGCCUGGAAAGGACUGCAUCGAGGAAGUAACAAGUUGAUACAAGACCACGAGCCGUUAAUCAGUUUCUCGGGCGAUGUCGUUCAGCCCCUCGGAUCGGACAACUUUGGGGUAAGCAUGGAAGGCCGAGAAGGAGUCGCCCGGGCGAUAGUGGAAUUUAUUGUGGUGGACUGUGAGUCGUCUUACAACGGGAUAUUAGGAAGGCCCGCCUUGUUGAAGCUGAAGUCUUUUGUCGCUGGCCACAUGUUGAUGAUGAAGGUUCCAACCCCAACAGGAGUCAUUACGAUCCGGGGAGACCAGGGGGCGGCAAGGAGUUGUUAUGCGAUAGACAAUGGGAGGAAGAGAUCUGAGGUUCUAUUGGCGAGCCAGGCCAUGGCAUCCCCCUCGGACCCUUACAUGGAUCCCAGGGAUGAUACCGACUAG